CCGCGAGCGCGAGUGUGAGUGAGUGAUUCCCCCCGGUCGUUCUCGACGCCGAAAAAAAAGGAAAACAGCGGAAGCGGAAGGAGAUUAUUCCGGGCUAAAUUACGUCUCCAACGUGGAGUGGAAAAUUCCAAAAGAAACUGUCCCAGCCUUUUGAAUUUGGUGCGUGAAAAUUCGGUUGCGGUCACGUGAAAAAUUGCUAGAAAUUUGUGUGAAAAGUGGUGGUCUCAGAAAGCAUGGAAGUGGCCGCUCCGGAAAGAGGAGCCACGACGGUUGAGAAAGAAAUGGCGGAAGGUAAUGGUGAGCUGGUGGAAGAAAUGACAAAUCCGAAAAUGGGCGAAGGCGCUGGCGACGGCGAACGGACAGAGGACUACACCAAACUGCUCGAGUAUGGCCUGGACAAGAAGGUCGCCGGCAAGCUGGACGACAUCUACAAAACCGGCAAGCUCGCACACUCGGAGCUGGACGAGCGGGCGCUCGACGCGCUCAAGGAGUUCCCGGUGGACGGCGCCCUCAACGUGCUCGGUCAGUUUCUCGAGUCGAACCUGGAGCACGUGUCGAACAAAUCGGCCUACCUGUGCGGCGUCAUGAAGACGUACCGUCAGAAAAGCAGAGCCACCCAGCAAGGACUUCCCACACCUGCAAUAACAGUACAAGCCAAGGGCCCUGACGAGGACAAGAUCAAGGCGAUUCUGGAGCGCACAGGAUACACACUGGACGUGACCACAGGACAACGAAAGUACGGCGGGCCGCCACCCAACUGGGAGGGCGGCACCCCGGGCAACGGGUGCGAGGUGUUCUGCGGCAAGAUCCCCAAAGACAUGUACGAGGACGAGCUGAUACCGCUGUUUGAAAAGUGCGGCAAAAUCUGGGAUCUCCGCCUGAUGAUGGACCCGAUGACGGGCACGAAUCGGGGCUACGCGUUCGUCACCUUCACCUCCCGGGACGCUGCCUGCAACGCAGUGCGAGAGCUCGAUAAUUAUGAAAUAAAGCCCGGCAAAUGUUUGAAAAUUAACGUAAGCGUACCGAAUCUGCGCCUCUUUGUAGGCAACAUACCUAAAUCAAAAGGCAAAGAGGAGAUAUUAGACGAAUUUGGUAAACUAACAGCCGGCCUAAUAGAAGUGAUAAUCUACAGUUCACCAGACGACAAGAAGAAGAACCGGGGAUUCUGCUUCCUCGAGUACGAAUCACACAAAGCGGCUUCGCUCGCGAAGCGGCGACUCGGAACAGGAAGAAUAAAGGUGUGGGGUUGUGAUAUAAUAGUGGACUGGGCGGACCCGCAGGAGGAACCGGACGAACAAACGAUGAGCAAGGUGAAAGUAUUAUACGUGCGCAAUCUGACACAGGACACGAGUGAAGAGAAGUUAAAGGAAAGCUUCGAGGCGUUUGGCAAGGUCGAGCGGGUGAAGAAGAUCAAGGACUACGCGUUCGUGCACUUUGAGGACCGCGACCACGCGGUCAACGCGAUGAAGGACCUGGACGGCAAGGACAUCAACGGUUCCGCCAUCGAGGUAGGUUUUCCGGGAGGUUCCGAGAGGUUUGAAGUUUUGCUAACGGAUUUUUUUCCGUUGCAGGUAUCGCUGGCUAAGCCCCCGUCCGACAAGAAGAAAAAGGAGGAGAUUCUGCGGGCCCGGGAAAGGCGCAUGAACCAGUUUCUGCAGAGCCGAAUGGGGAUAGUUGGUGAUUUCGUUCCUCCCUACAGCAUGUCGCCGCAGCAUGCCGGUAUGAUGUCAGGUGCAAUGCCACCGAUGCGAGUUCCUAGCGGAGCCGGUGGCCCCCGGACCGGGCCGAUCCGGGGCGGACCGAUGAGCCGUGGCGAUUAUGCAGCAGCAAUCGGUAAGCGUAAGUUCGACGGUGGUCACCAAAAUCAAGGGGAUAUAAAACGGCGCUACGGAGCGGCGGCGGCCGCGGCGUUAGGAAAUCUUGGUAGUAACUGGGGCAGCCAGCCGUUACCCCAGCAGCCCCUCGGCACCAACGGAGGGGAGCAGUGGUACACCGACACGUACUCGGUGUGGAGUUAAGGAUUCGCAACAGUUUGCUAAACAACAACAACAACCGCAACCGCAACAACAACAAACAGCACGCUGAACAAUAAACACUAGAAAUUCUCACAAAUACGGACGCGCGCGUCGCGCCACAACACCCUCACUAACACAAACAGAAAAAGUUCUGACAGCAAGUGCGCGCUGAGUGCACUAAUACAGCUAAACACACACACACACUCUAAAUUAGACAGCGGUAAAAGCGGCGCGCUGCAACCCAAUUGGAAGCUACAACUGUAAUAAACGUACUAUUGAUAAAGCAAAAUAGCAGUCCCAUUUAAUAAAUUGUAAUUAAAUUACGUCGCGAGACGAAAACACAAUUAGAGCGCUAAAUAUUGUAUUUAAAAAACAAAAAACAUGCAAAAACAAAUCUAUCUUUCGCUAAUCAUCAAAAAACAAUAAUAAUAGAAGAUAAAAAUGACUGAAUUUUUCGUAAUUCUUAAUAUUUAAGAUGUAGAAAUUAACGAAUCAAACAAAACUCGUUUAAAACUUAUUGACAAACAGCAAACAAGUUUGUAAAAAUUUCAUCGAUUCGGAACUUUGAGAUUACAAAAAAAAAAUCAAUAAUAACAGUCAACACAAUUAGGUCACCCCUCGUUUUGAAGCUAUUAUUUAGCGAAUUUUUAUCAAAAUUCCAAAUUUUAAUUUCCCUCACGUCACAGAAUAACAGCAAAAAUAAAUAAACGAAUUAGUUUGUUCAAGCAAAUAUGCAAGCAAAUGCGGAUCUCCACCACCAAGUCGUAAAAAAAAACAAAAAAGGGAUGGGCUAACGGAAAAAAGUGAUAAAAAUCGUAAAAUUUUAUUUUUAUAACUUAUAUUACCAAUAUUUUCUAAUCGCUUAGGAAUCGCCUAGUCGCGGUCAACAAACACAAUUACACACACAUACCUAUACACUCUCACAAGUAAAGGAAUUUAGUUAGACUAUUAAUGGUAGUGCUUCAAUUUUUGAAAUGAAAAGAAAGCAAAAUCGUGUCGACAAGUGAAUAACACACAAAAUAUUACAGGAAAAAAAAGCAAGGCGAAUCGUUUGAGUGUUCAGGAAAAAAAAGGCAAAAUUAACAAAAAACGUUUAGUUGUGUUUCGGAAAAAAGUGAAAAGGUCUUAUUUUGGUGACUCUUUUGGUACGGCAAAAAUUGAAAGUGUAAAUACAUUUUGAACAAAUUAUGUGCGAAAAAAAGAAACGUGUAUUUAGUAAUAAAAAGCAAAAGUUAUAGGAGGAAAAAAAUAAAAAGUUUGGAUGGUAUCAAAAAACAAAAAGAAAACAAAAAAUAUUAGAAACAUAUUAGUGAUUUAUUUUGAGACGAAAACGUGAAACAAUAUUAAUUAAAACAAUAUGGUGAAAUGUGAUUAUUUAAAACAAAAGAAAUUAUUUGUAAAAAGAAGACAAAACCCUGUAAAAUUGAAUGUGUUAGGAUUUAGGCUCUUGAGGAAGGGAAAAAAACGAAACGAAACGUAACCCAUUUGGCUUUAGGCGAAAAAAGAAAACAAGUGAUCAUCAAAAUAUAAUCUUUCAGCAAAAAAUAACGAACAAAAAAGUUAGAGAAGAAGCAAAGGCGGUUUAAAACCCCCAAAAAUCGGAAGCAUUUAGGAAGUGAUAUCGAAAUUCAAAAUUUCCCAAAAAAGAAAAAAAUCCAGCAAAAACAACUUUCGGAAGAAGUAAAACAAUACGAAAAUAGAAAGUGUGAAACGCGAAAAUUUUAUAUCAUCUUUUCUAGGCAAACGAAGGAAAAACAAAGAAAAUCAAUUUAGGCAUGACAAUAUCGGGACUAACAAAGUGAAAAGGAGGAAAAUCAACAUUGGCACAGCUUUUGGAGAACAAAAUCGGGGAAAAUGGAGAAGAAGAAGCACCACCACACUGCGAAAACUUGACAAACAACAUCUAUCUAAAGCUCUUUUGCAAAGCAAAAAAACGAAAAUGUUUGUUGACGACCGACUGGCAACACUGGCCGUCGCCGUAGCGUCGCGAAUCGAUUAUUUUUUAAAUUUGUUUUGAAGGUAAACAAAAAAAUCACUCAUGGUUUGUUAUUUGUUGCUUACACACUUACUGGCGAAAAAAAAACCGAACUGGAUCUAGAGGAGCGGAGAGGAAAAUAACCAUUAAAAAAAACAUUGUAUAAAAGUUGAAACUUUAGUUGUUAUAACCCAAACUAUUGACCCUACACGAGACACCCCUUUUAAGUAAAAAAAUCAGUUCGAGGAAAUUGUGUGUGAAAGGCUUUGCCCAACCUGCAAAGGCAAACUUUAGUUUCGGCGGCUUGUAUCUUUAGAGGAGCGCACAGUUUCCAAAAAAAAUGCACUAAAAAAUAACAAGAUUUUCGUUAAAUUUCAUUGUUUGAAAGCAAACCCCAUAAAAAAAGAAGGAUAGCAGAGGAAUCGUUCAAUAACCCAAUUUCGGUCAUACUUUAUUUUGCUAGAAAUCUUAAAAAUAACAUUAACCAACUUUUCAGUCGAAAAAUGCACUGCAAAAAAAUCGUAGUGACGCGCCCCUCGGGCGCAUCGCGCCUGUCAAACUGACAGCCCGAGGGGCACACCACUGCGAUUUUUUGCAGCGUGCUUCCCGAUCGAAAAACAACAGAACAGAACAGCGACUCGAACCUGGUUGCAACGGAGAAGGAGAAAAGAGAGAGAGAAAGAGUAAAAAGUAGCGCAAGAGAAUGUCGGCUUCGUGGUGUUUAUGAUUUGUUUUUUUUGAAAAAUGGUGCCCCAAAAAGCUGCCUUAAAAUAUAAAAAGUUACACAGAAUGGAAAACUCGCACACACACACACUUACACACGAAAACACUAGACACAGAAACGUAGACACCACACACACACACACACUCUUACAAGCAGAAAAGUGAAAGAGAGAGAAAGAGAGCGAAAAUCGGAAGCGGGAGGAAAAGGAGGAGGAAAGGGAAAUACAAACGAUAAAUACACACACAAGCAAAAAAAUUGUGGGAGAAAAGACUGAAUGAAAAUUAUUUCAAAUUAUUUAGGAAGAAGAAAAAGAAAGAGAAAGAGAAGGUGAAGCAAACGAAGCAGGAAACAGGAAAGGGAAAAUUGCGUCAAAAAAGAAAAGGAAGCAAGUGUCACCCCCCUGGGUCGCGCUGACAGCGCGCGCGCGCAGCAGUGUUGCCAAUUUGAAAUCCGACGGGGGGUAGUUUGAAGGAAAAUUCGGAGAACAAGGGAAAACGGUUGAGGCAAACAAAUGCAACCAGCAGUUUAUGAAAGCGUAUUUUUUUAGAGCUAGAAGCGUCUUAUUACAGUUAUUUUUUUCUCUGUUUCGAUCCAAAUUAAUUGUAAUCUAAAAGGGACGGCAAAACAAGCGAGAGAAGGGGAGGGAGAGAGAAGAGCGCGCUGAACAGAAAGGUAAAAUUAUGCAAUAUUCAAUCAUUAUUUUUAAUAUUCUAAACAAGAGAAAGGGAAAGCAAAAACUCCAAGCGAGAAGUAGCGGAAUAUGUAAAGGACAGGCAACAAAAAAAAGUUUAAUCAUUACGCAUUUUCCAGUCGAUCGCGGGAAGGGGUUGCAAGUUGGAUCCAUUUUUUUGAGUUUGAAACUCUGGCAGCGGCAGUGCCGCCAGUGGCGCAGUUUCAGUUUUCUUUUCGUUCUAAAUUUUUACGUUUUUUAAUGAAAGUUUUGAUCCAAAGUUACACUUUUUACCUCCUUUUAUAGCUGUAAUUUUCCGUUACGUACUCUUUUUCGUUACCUUUUAAUCGUUAUCUAUCGUAAUUUUCUUGUUUUUUUUUUGUUUGUUUGUUUGUUAAACGACGUUCAUUUUGUUAGUCUGCUGCUGCGCCGGCACUGCACGCAGCCAUUUCGAGCGGUGACAAGCAGUGUCGAGCCACUCGGUCAUCGCGUGGCUGUCAGUUUGACAGCUGCGCUGCGAGGGGUAGGACAGUUGUUGUUUUGCACUGUUCUCGAAGAGUUUUGCGAAAUUAUGUGACAAUUGAAAUGAAAUGGCGGCGCCUUCCCCGGAAAAUUUAAAUUAAUAAAGUAAAUAUUAACGUUUAGAUGUUAUUCUUAAUAGUUGCGGCUGAGGACAAAACGCAAAGGCCAGCAGAGCCAACCAAGACCCCUACACAAUCCCCCUUCCCUUCCCACGCCUCGUCUUUAACAUCAAUCCCUUCCCUACUAACCCCGAGUAGGCCGCGGGUAAUCGGCUCCCCUCCCACUAACAUUUACACACAAGAUCCUCUGUAAUUAUUAAGCCAAAUGUAAUUACAAAAGCCGACUCGGUCCUAACCAGGUCCCAGUACCGAAAAGGACCUAAUAAAAAUAAUUUUAUGAAAAAAAAAAAAAAAAAAAUGUUAUUCUUAAUUGUAUACACAAAAAAACAAACGCGCUAUAAAGGAAAAGGAAGUCUUGGAAUGGAGACACUGUAAAGAAGCUACAAUAUAUUAAAAGAAAACAAAACUAAAAGAAAAUCAAACACAGACGAAACUAAUCGGAAGUGAAGGCAAGCGACGUCAGAUUCAUGGACGAAAACAAAAAUAUUUGUAUAAAAUAUAUAUUGAGAAGUUAUUAUGUUAAUUAUAUAUUUUUUUAUUUUAUAUUGUAUUUUGAUUACAUUAACGUAAAUUUUAAUUAUUUUAGAUAAAAUUACCCUUAUUUUUAGUUUAUACAAAACACAAGCGAGCCCAGAUUAAAUAUUGUAACUGCAAGAAAUCCAGACAAAAUCUAAGCGAGAGAAUUUGAGAAUGCAAAAUUACGCAAGAAACAAACAAAAACAAUGAACGAUUUCCCCCUUCUGCCGUUGAAAAAUGGAAUACCUAUUCAUAGAAAUACAUUAUAAAAAUAAUUAAUUAAUUUUAAAUUAUCCAAAAGCCUCCACACACUAUUUUUUAUUUAAUGUUUACAACGUUUAAUUAAUUAACGAUACGAAAGAGAAGCAACAACCCCUUUCCCCUUAAAAAUUCACCUCCACACAAACACAUCCCUACUUACACACUCCCUAACUUCAUGAAUAACCCAAACAAAUGAACCAACACACUCACACGUACACUAGUUUAGCUAAUCCAGAAAGCAGAAGCCACCACUCACACACACAACCACACUUGAAGCAAGUAAACAAAACAAAAACAACAAUUAUAAUAUGUAUCACAGAAUUUUAACAUUAAACAUAGUGAAGCAAAAUAGUUUUAAUCUCUUUAUCUAAACAUGCAAAACUGAAAACAAAACGGAAGAAAACAACAAUUAACUCUCCAAGAAAAAAAAAAACAAAACAAAACCCCAUUCAAAGCAAAAUAACCAAUACGCAAGUAAACAAAAGAAUACCACCAAACACAUGCAAACACACUCUCAAACACACACUUACACACGUAACAAAAGUCACGAGCAACGCGUCUCGGAGAAGCGAAAAAAAGGUAAACAAAUAAAAAAGCAAACCCCCUUGAUUUUGUGUAGACGUCAGAAGAGCGUAAACAACCACCACCACCACCAACACCACCAAGUUGAGCUAGAUUUUUUUCGUUGAAAAUUUCUCAAUUUCUGUUUAACGAAACGAGUAGGAGAAGAAGUAAACAAAACAAACCCCCAACAAGCCAUCCAAGGAGACCAUGGAGAGAGCGAGAAAGAGAGUAUCAAACUCAAACGCAGGCAGCCUCACUCACUAAUACAAGAGCGCGCGCAGCGCGCUGCGAGAACAAUAGCGAAGAAGAGAGAGCAAGAAAGAGAGAGAGAUAGAGAGAAUAAUGCCAACUGUCACAGCCAACUUUGCCGACGUUAUUGUGUUAAUUUUGUUUAAACUAUUUUUUUUUUUUUGAGUUACUGAAGUAGGUUCAACUCAUUUACCAUUACAAACACACACACAUUCAUAAACAGCAAACUUCCCUCGCCGAAUCAUUCACUCAGUAACACACGUAAACGUCAUCCGUCAGCGAAAGAUUCUAGAGUUAUUUACGCUCUCCGUUUAUAAGUUUUGUUCACUAGUAGUUAGCGUUAUUAGUAGAGUAAUGAGCCCACAUCUUCGUUGACAUUUCCCCCUAACCUCCAACUCUCUUUCUCCGCCUCACACACACUUAAAAAAAUGAGCAGACAUCAUUUUCAUACUCUCUCACUCACACUCACACAACCCCCUCUCACACGAAAUCAUCUUUUUUUUAACCCUUGUUUGUUUUGUGCUCAGUGUUACCUUUGUUUGUUUUGUGUUUUGGAGAUACAAAAACAGCAUUUUUUUAUUACUAGAUAAACAAACUAUUCCUUCAGUUCUCUUUUCACUCACACUCUCACCAAUACAGACUCACAUCAUACGUACAUACUUGCACACUCAUACAGCAAUUAAGAAAAAUUUCUUGAUUUUUUAUUGUUUUGUUUUAGCAGUGUUUUUUUACUUUUUCUAUUAUUUGAUUAUUUUUUUUUGGUUCGAAACGGACAAAUAUUGGCCCCCACUUUUCUCAACAAUAACAGCAGCGAAAAAAAAAGAGUAACAAAAACUAAAACAAACACAACUACAAACAGCAAAAUUAACAACAACAACAAACAAACACACACACACACUUUGAAAAGGUGAUAACGGAAAAAAAACAACAGCAAAACGCUAAAAUUGAAGGUUCGAUAUAAAAAAAACGAUGUGGCGAACAACAAACUGUACUGCGAGACAGGAUUUGUAUUUGUACACAUGAACGGAACCAGAUAGGGCAACAACAAAACUUUCAAUUUCACUUUAUCUUUAGCGCGUACUUCAGGCAAUUCAGAUAAAGAAAAGAAGAAGAAGGAAAAAUAAAGGAAGAAAGGAGCAGAAGCAAAAUAGUAGUAGUAGUAGAAGAUGAAGAGGAAGACGCUAGAAGGAGUAAUAACAAGAGAGAAGAAGAAAGUAAACAAAAAAAGUGAAUAAAGAUAAACAACCUUUGUAUCUUCUCUAUAUACGAAAGAAAAAUAAAUAAAAAUAAAUGUUAAA